AUAUUAUCUUGGAAAGGAUAUUGUGCUCAACAGCACCAAAAUGUAUCUUUGACAAUCCAUGGAUGAUAGAAUGGGGGUGCAGAUGCAUUUUUCUCUUUAAAAAUAAUUGGAAUCUGGUUCCUUCGGUCUGCAUAGCCUUCAAGCUUGUUCUUCCGAUCCCCUGAAAACAAAACCAUGAUGAGAAGGCACUCCCUUGUGACUGCAUCACCAAAACAAGUGUCCCUCUUCUUUGUUGGCCACAAAAGCAACCCAACAACAAUUCAUCCUCACACUCACACCCUUCUGACUCCAUCACCCAAACAAGACCCACAAAACCAUAAUCAGUGGUGGGGCCACCCCAAAACCAUCAAACCCAGUUUCAAUCACAGUAGGAUCAGGUUCAACACCUUGCACACUGGUUCCACCGAAGAACAAGUUGAAACGGGUGAGGUUGAAGUCGAUGUGUGGACGAAGAUGCAGGAAGAAGCUAAACUCGAUGUCACCGAGGAACCCAUUUUGUCUAAUUACUACAACACUUCCAUUCUCUCUCACAAGACACUUGAAACCGCGUUGGCCAAUCACCUUGCAAUCAACCUCAGCAGCACAAGCCUUCCAAGCAGCACACUUUCUGAUCUUUUUGUGACGGUUUUGGAGACCGACCAAGCCAUCAUGGAUGCUGUGAAGUGUGACCUGAGAGCGGUGAAGGAGAGAGACCCUGCUUGCAUAAGCCACGUGCACUGCUUCUUGAAUUUCAAAGGCUUUCUGGCGUGCCAGGCUCACAGGGUGGCUCACAAGCUGUGGCUUCAGGGAAGGAAGAUUCUUGCUGUGAUGAUUCAGAACCGGGUUUCGGAGAUUUUCGCGGUGGAUGUUCAUCCAGGGGCUAGGAUUGGAAGUGGGAUUUUGCUGGAUCAUGCAACUGGGAUUGUGGUGGGAGAGACUGCUGUCAUAGGGAACAAUGUGUCAAUUCUGCAUAGUGUCACUUUGGGAGGGACUGGUAAGGUUUCUGGGGAUAGGCACCCAAAGAUUGGUGAUGGGGUGCUGAUAGGUGCUGGAACUUGUAUCUUGGGGAAUAUUAAGGUUGGUGAUGGGGCUAAGAUUGGUGCUGGUUCUGUGGUUAUUAAGGAUGUUCCUCCAAGGACUACUGUUGUGGGGAACCCGGCUAAGUUGGUAGGAGGGAAGAACAACCCUGUUAAGUUGGAUAAGAUUCCUAGCUUCACCAUGGACCAUACUUCACAUAUUGCUGACUUUUAUGAUUAUUGUGUUUAGACUUUAGAGUGUGGUGUAAUGUAAUAAUCCUCAAGCAUGCUUUGGAAUUUUGUGUUUAGCAUUUUAGGUGAAGUGAUUUUGAUUUUUGAUUGGGGCUGUUUUUUUUCAUUUGUGCUUGUACAAUUGCAACAAUGGGAUUUGAACCUAGGACUUCACGUAGACUACUCAAAUCCCUUAACCACUAGGCCGACUCUGGUGGCUAAAAGGGCUGUUCUUGUUUGUAAGUAAGACAUAAUUCAUGUUCUCCUGCUGACAAUAAUAAAAGCCAAAAUGAAAGUAACGGCCUAACAGGACCCCUUGAUUACAUGAUGA